GAUCUCCUUGGGAACUUUGAUUAUAAGAGAAUUAUAAAAAUGCAAUUUGAUCGUCUUGAUCCAAGCUUCCAAGAAUUUUUAACUGUUGCCUCAUGUCUAGAUCAAUUCUUCACUGUACAUGAGGUCGGAGCAGUGAUAAAACCAACUAAUUUUAUAUUUACCAACAGAAAUUCUGAAAUAAUACAGCAGCAAAUUGCAGCAUUUGACGUCUAUCAUUUUUUAAAAGAAGUAGACAAUGGAAAUGCACAAGAGAACACCAUUCUUUCAUAUAUGUUUACACAUAUCACAAUACCUCAAAGUAUCUAUGAUAUGGUUUCUUAUGAAACAAGGAUAUCACUCCACCGCUCAUUAGCAAAAUACUAUGAAUCUCAACUCAGUCGUGAAAAUUAUCCAGAGAUUUUACCUAAAAUUACUCGACAUUACCUGCAAACAGACGCUAUAGGAAAACAGCUCUACUACUUAGAAGGCUUAGCGGAACAGAACAUGCAAAACUAUCUGUUGCCAGAAGCAACCAACAAUUUGCAGAAAAUCGUGAAAAUUUUGGAAGAAAAUAAACUCACAGAGCAGUUUGGAGAUAUGCAUCUAAGUGAUGUAUACCGACGUUUAGGUAUCUGCUAUACUAUGAGGACAAAACUUCCAGAAGGCGAGCGUUUUCUGCAUAAGGCGUUAGAUAUCCUAGGAGAGCCAUGGCCAUCAUCCCAACCUCAAUUCUUGUAUAAACUUUGGCUAAACAGAUUUGUUCAGUACUGUCACAGACACCUUUUCUUUAGGCAUCGCAGUACCUCAUCACAAAAAGAGCGUAUGCGCCGUUUAGUUGAAAUUAUGGAAAAUCUAUACAACAUAUAUUAUUAUACCGGAAAUGGAAAAGGUUGCAUGUAUGCCUGCUUGGUUGGCUUAAAUGCAUGUGAAGAUAUUGGAGAUAGUGGACCUAAUUAUAGCUUAUUUCUUGCUAGAAAUGCUUUAUUAUUUUGGCUUAGUGAUCAGAAGCAACACAGCAUCUUCUACAUUUCUAAAGCCUUAAAGUUAAUGAACACAGCAAAACUAAAUACUGACACCCUUUCGAUUUGUGCAUUCUUAUGUUUUGCGGCUGGGAAGUUCAGCAACGCUAGAGACUUAUUGUAUCAAGUAAUAGAAGAUGCAAGAACUCUUGGAAUAGUAACAGAUUGUCAAACUUUUUACGUCUCUGUUGGUCUGAUUGUGACUAUGAGAAUAUUUGAAGGCACAUUUGAUAAGUCUUCAGUUGACAUGGCUAUGUUAAAGCAAAUGGCUGAUACAGUACACGCUAAUGGCGAUUUUGAAGCAGAAAUCUGGCUGAGCGUCUACAAUGUCAGCAACGCUCUAGUUAUGGAUCGUAUGGCCGAUUGCGUACCUUAUGUAGCCUUACUAGAAGCAUAUACUCAAAAUGCUGCUAGUUAUAAUAGAAUUGCUAUUCAUGGUACUUUGCUUUGCUAUUAUGCUAGAAAUCAUGUAUACGACUUGGCAAAGCGACAUGUUCAAAAGCUAAUUAAUGUGCUGCCUUCACUGACCAUUACAUGUAAGCCUGAAAACAUCACAUAGCUGACAAGUACUAAAUUCUCCUAGCAAACAUUUUCCCAAUUUUUGGCCUAAUUUUUGCAACAAUGGGCCUUUAUUCAAUGAUGGAAGAUGGUCAAAUGGACCUUGUAACUGAUGGAAACAUUAAGAAUUAUGAAAAAUUUAUUCUCGGCCUCUCAAGGCUGAAUCGAGCAUUUCAAUUAGUAAAGUUUUGGGAAUUUACCCAACCUUGCCUCUAUUUAGCAAGAGCGCUCCCAUAUAUAGCUACAAGGCGAAUAGUAGAAGGAUACCUAGUAAGAUUAAACAUAGGUUCUGUA